AUGGCCUCUGGAUUUUCGUUACCGCCGCCAGCACCCCUUGAAAUACACGACCCCAACGUGGCAGAGAGGUGGAAAAAGUUCCUCCUGGCGUGGGAGAAUUACGCACUUGCAACAGAGUUAAACAAGAAGGGUCAGCCUGUUCAAGUGGCCACACUAUUAACAGUGAUUGGCGAAGAAGCAAGAGAGGUGUAUUCUACCUUUAACGAUUGGGCAGAAGACGGCGACGAUAAGAAAAUUAAGCCUGUGUUGAAGAAGUUCGGGGAUUAUUGCGAACCACGCAAAAAUAUUCCUUUCGAGAGAUACAAGUUUAACCGCCGAGUUCAAGAGCCAGGAGAAACCUACGAUCAGUAUCGUACCUCUCUACGAAAGUUAGCCGAGGGCUGUAGUUUUGAAACAAUCACGCCUGAUGAAAUCCUUCGUGACCGCCUUCUGUUUGGUGUUCGAGACAACAAGCUAAGGGAGAGACUCUUAAGAGAGACUAAGUUAACGCUAGACAAAACAGACGAAAUCUGCAGGGCCUCGGAGAGUACGAUAGCUCAAAUGAAG